UUUCACUGCAAUUAGCUAGACUGAAAGGCAGAAUCAGGUUGCCACUCACUCUUUCUGAAUGAAAUGAAAGCGCUUUACCUGAGGGAGUUCAUCAAACGCAGAUUCGCUGCAAUUAGCGGCGAACGUCUUGCGGAGUAAACAUCGAAGCCAUUUCGUCUUUUCUUCUCGUUUCUGAAUCUUCUCGAGCAUUGGAAUCCAUGGCAUUUUGGUGGCCGCUCAUCGUUCUCGCGUUCGCUUUCGCGAUAUGCCGGCUCCUCCUCAUGCUCAUUCCUCCAAACGUUCCCUCCAUCUCCGUUGACACAUCCGACGUGUUGGAAGACGGGAAUCAUACAAAGGAGAAUGGCUUCAUCUACAUACCUUCAAGAAGACAAACUGACAAAGUCCAAUGCUAUGAGCCAGCAACUAUGAAGUAUCUAGGGUACUUUUCAGCAUUCAAGCCUGAUGAGGUUAAAGAACGUGUAUCAGAGGCUCGGAAGGCUCAAAAGCUAUGGUCAAAGAGCAGCUUUAAGCAAAGGAGACAGUUUUUGCGUAUCCUGCUGAAGUAUAUACUCGAACAUCAAGAGCUAAUAUGCAAAAUUUCCUCACGUGAUACUGGAAAGACAAUGGUUGAUGCUUCAUUGGGAGAAAUAAUGACAACUUGUGAAAAAAUCAUCUGGCUUCUUUCAGAAGGUGAAAAAUGGUUAAAGCCCGAGUACCGCUCAACUGGAAGAUCAAUGCUUCACAAGAAGGCCAAAGUAGAGUUCCAUCCACUUGGCGUUAUUGGGGCCAUUGUUUCAUGGAAUUAUCCAUUUCACAAUAUAUUCAAUCCAAUGUUGGCUGCAGUCUUCUCAGGGAAUGGCAUUGUGAUUAAGGUCUCUGAACAUGCUAGUUGGUCUGGAUGCUUCUAUUUACGAAUUAUACAAACUGCUCUUGCUGCUGUUGGGGCUCCUGAAAACUUGGUUGAUAUAAUAACAGGUUUUGCUGAAACCGGAGAAGCACUAGUUUCUUCUGUUGACAAAGUAAUAUUUGUUGGAUCACCUGGUGUUGGCAGAUCGAUUAUGAGCAAUGCAGCAAAUACACUGGUCCCAGUUACACUGGAGCUUGGUGGAAAAGAUGCAUUUAUUGUCUGUGAAGAUGUUGAUGUGCCUCAUGUCGCUCAAGUGGCUGCUAGGGCAGCUUUACAAUCAAGCGGGCAGAACUGUGCUGGAGCAGAACGCUUUUAUGUACACAAGAACAUAUAUUCCACUUUUGUUGCGGAAGUAGUUAAAAUUAUCGAAUCUGUUACUGCAGGUCCUCCUCUGAUUGGUAAGUAUGACAUGGGAGCAAUAUGCAUGCAAGAGCAUUCUGAAAAGCUUCAUAAUCUAGUGAAUGAUGCCCUUGAAAAAGGAGCUGAAAUUGCUGGAAGAGGAAGUGUUGGAAAUAUUGGUGAAGGUGCUGUUGACCAGUAUUUCCCCCCGACCGUGGUUGUUAAUGUGAACCAUACCAUGAAACUUAUGCAGGAAGAGGCUUUUGGACCAAUCUUGCCAAUAAUGAAAUUCAGCUCCGAUGAAGAAGCGAUUAAACUUGCAAAUGAUUCAAAGUAUGGGCUAGGAUGUGCAGUGUUUUCAGGAAGCCAGAGUCGUGCUAAACAAAUAGCAUCACAGAUACACUGUGGAAUGGCUGCUAUCAAUGACUUCGCUUCAACUUACAUGUGUCAGUCAUUACCAUUUGGCGGUGUGAAAGAUAGUGGGUUUGGGAGAUUUGCUGGCAUUGAAGGAUUGCGGGCAUGCUGUUUGGUCAAAGCAGUCGUGGAAGAUCGAUGGUGGCCUUUGAUCAAAACCAAGAUACCAAAACCUAUUCAGUAUCCUGUUGCUGCCAAUGGGUUUGAGUUCCAAGAGUCUCUCAUUGGUGCUCUCUACGGCUUAAGCAUUUGGGACCGAUUGAGGGCAUUGAUAAAGGUUCUCAAGAUGAUUUCCGAACACAACUCUUCAACAACUGUGAAAAGAAAAAACGGUAGAAGCUCCAGAUAGAUUGUACAUCUUUGACUUGUCUAACUUUGUAGUAUUAAACUUUCUGUUUUUUUCCCAAUAACAUCCUAACUUUUUGUUGGACUGCCUUGUAAUAACAUCCUAAUUACUCCUAGUAUCUCUGCCUACUUUGCUAAUGUAAAAAAGUCCAUCAUCAAUGCGUUGCAAUUCAUUAUGCAAUAGUCCUCUACUGAUGCCAACUCAUAGGGUUG